AUUGUUUAUAUUUUUUUCAUGAGUUUUCAGUAACUAAAAAAGACCCCCACCACCCAUUUCUCUCUUUGUAUUUUUGUCAGGAAGGUGGGGAGAUGGGAAUUUAUGCUUCACUGUUUCUCUCUCAACUGCUUUAUCCAAUUGAAUAAGUUGGUAUAAAUCCAUGUUUAGAGCAAGAAAAUUUUACUAGGAUAUAGUUUUCAAGUUUUAUGCUCUUGCUUUAUAGUGAACAGCUUAUAAAAAAAUUAAAAAGUAAUUGGCACCUUGCUUUUCAGUGGGCUACACUAAAAAAUAAUGACUUUAUUGCCAAAAGGACUUUAGACCAAAGUAUGCAAUAAAUCCUCUCUCCACCACUUUCAAAAUCUGUCUUCAGUAGUUCAAUCUGUAUCUUUCAUGAUCCAUUUUCAAUAUGAAGAGCUCUCAGUUUUGAACAACAUAGCUCUCAGAUCCCUUUCAUGCAUAUCAUAUAGUGGCUAAUUUUGUCUAAUGUUCUUCAAAAGUGGCCAAGCAGAGAGGCAAGAAGUGAAGGGCUUUUGCAUUUUUGCCAGCCAGAUGAGUAAAAACAUAAUGAUGCUCCAGCGUUUACUGGCAGCUGUUGCUUUUCUUGUUCCCCUGGUAUCAAUUUUUCCUCGAGCUAUAGCUGAUCUUGAUUCCGAUAGACAGGCUCUACUCGACUUUGUAGACUCCGUCCCUCAUAUCCGAAAACUCAACUGGAAUUUGUCUCUCCCUAUUUGCAAUUCUUGGGCUGGUAUAACGUGUAACAAAGAUGGAACGAGAGUCGUUGCAAUCCAUCUCCCCGCUGUUGGACUUUUUGGUCCUAUACCAGAAAAUAGUAUAGGCAAGUUAGAUGCUCUUAAAGUCCUUAGUCUAAGAACCAAUUAUCUAAAUGGAAGUGUUCCUUCUGAUCUCCUUUCAAUUCCUUCUCUCCGAUAUGUCUACCUUCAGCAUAAUAACUUCUCUGGUGAUAUUCCUGUUUCAUUAUCUCCUCGACUUGGUGUACUAGACCUCUCCUUUAACUCUUUUACUGGAGAAAUUCCACUCACAAUCAAGAACUUGACGCGAUUAUCUGUGUUGAACCUACAGUUCAAUUCAUUAACAGGAGAAAUCCCUAGCCUCGACACCCUCAGGUUAAAUAACCUGAAUUUGAGUCACAACAUGCUUAAUGGCUCGGUUCCAUACUCCCUCCAGAAAUUUCCACUUUCAUCAUUUGCAGGAAACGCUCAUUUAUGCGGGACCCCUCUAGCUAGCUGUUCCUUGAGUCCAUCACCUUCUCCAGCAGCUGAUGGCUCUGUAAUCCCUGAAAAACACAAGGCUGUCCACUCUAAGAAACUAAGUACCGGGAUCAUCGUUGCCAUUGCAGUUGUGGCUUCUUCGUUAAUGCUUCUCCUAGUUUUAGUAAUCUCCUUCUGCUGCUUGAAAAAGAAAGUAAGUCAUAGCACUAGCAUAAUUAAAGAGAAGGUGGCUACUGGGGGAAGGAGUGAGAAAUCCGGGGACUUUGGAAGUGGCGUGCCGGAUGCUGAGAAAAAUAAGUUAGUGUUCUUUGAAGGUUGCUCUUACAGCUUCAAUCUGGAGGAUCUUCUUAGAGCUUCUGCUGAGGUUCUUGGUAAAGGGAGUUAUGGAACGGCUUACAAAGCUGUCUUGGAUGAGGCAACAAUUGUGGUAGUUAAACGGCUGAGAGAAGUAGGAGUUACUAAAAAGGAAUUUGAACAGCAUAUGGAGAUUGUUGGAAGGGCUGGAAGGCACCCUAACAUUGUCCCACUCCGCGCAUAUUAUUAUUCCAAGGAUGAGAAACUUCUGGUUAACGAAUACAUGCCUGCUGGUAGCUUGUCAGCAGCUUUGCACGGUAAUAGAGGUAUUGGAAGAACUCCACUAGAUUGGGAUACAAGAUUGAAGAUAGCUCUAGGAUCAGCAAAAGGAAUUUCCCAUAUCCACACUGAAGGUGGUGUGAAAUUUACUCAUGGGAACAUCAAAUCCUCCAAUGUACUACUCACAAGAGAUCUAGAUGGCUGCAUUUCUGAUUUUGGCUUAACACCUCUGAUGAACUACAUAUCAUAUAAGUACAGGUGUGCUGGUUACCGCGCUCCAGAAGUGAUUGAAACACGGAAAGGGACACAAAAAUCUGAUGUCUAUAGCUUCGGAGUGCUGCUACUUGAGAUGCUGACAGGAAAAUCCCCUCUCCCAUUAUCAGGGCAGGAUGAGGUAGUCGAUUUGCCUAGGUGGGUGCGUUCGGUUGUUAGAGAGGAAUGGACUGCUGAAGUUUUCGACGUAGAGCUGUUGAAGUAUCAGAAUAUUGAAGAAGAGAUGGUGCAGAUGCUUCAGAUUGGACUCAGUUGUGUAGCAAAGGUGCCUGAUAUGAGACCCGCGAUGGGAGAAGUGGUUAGAAUGAUUGAAGAAAUACGACAACAAGAAGGGGAGACGACGAGGCCUUCCUCGGAGGAGAACAGGUCUAAGGACUCUAAUGCACAAACCCCUGAAUGAAUAAUGCAGUUUUAAGUAAUUUAUUUAGCUUUUGAUUCUAGAUUAAGUUAAGAAUGCAAUUUAUCUCCAUUGCCACCUUUUGCAUGUUCCUGGAUAUAUAAGUGUUUUUUAUCCUUCAUGUUAUAUCCUAUUCUGGCCUCUGUAGAGAUUUUAUCAGCUCAACAUAAAUGAGAACCUUUGUAUUUCUAUUU